GAGCUUCGCGUCAUCAAAUAAAGAUGACGGAACGAUAUAUGGCUGAACUCUGGGCUCCUUUAGCCUUUCAGCCGGAGACCGCAAGAUGUUCGCUAUAUCUGAAUAGGGGGACAAGGCAGUGGACGCCUAUCUGAAUAUGAGGACGACAACGCUGAUGAGUCGGUCUGAAUAUGAGGACGACAGCGCUGACGAGUCGGUCCGAAUAUGUGGACGAGGCGAUGGACACCUGUCUGAAUAUGAGGACAACAGCGCUGAUGAGCCAGUCCGAAUAAGAGGACGAGGCAGUGGACACCUAUCUGAAUAUGAGGACGAUGGCGCUGAUGAGUCGUUCUGAAUAUGAGGACGACAGCGCUGACGAGUCGGUCCAAGUAUGAUGACGAGGUGAUGAUGAGCCGACUGUCAUACAGGGGUGACGGUCACCAUCCAGGAAGGGAUGUCGAGCCCAAUCGCCAUAACAAGACUUCGGCGAUGAUGGGGAGCCGAUCUUGAGAUAAAACAUCACGUCGAGGCCAAGAGGCUGAUCGUGAUGUGCGGACGGCAAUGAUGGGGAGCCGGUCGGAUAAUAUGUUGACGAGGCGAUGAUGAGCCGGUCGUCAUAUGAAGGCAACGGUCGCUUAUUCGGGAAGGGAAUAACGAGCCCAAUCGCUAGCUCAAGACUCUCGGCACUGAGGAAGCCGGUCUUGAGAUAGAUAGUCACGCCGAGGCCGAGGGGCCGGUCGUGAUGCGUGGAUGGCAAUGAAAGGAGCCAAUCUGAAAUAUGAUGACGGGGCAAUGAUGAGCUGGCCGUCAUAUAGAGGCGAUGAUCACCAUCCAUGAAGGGAUGGCGAGCCCAAUCCCUAGCUCAAGAUCGCGUUGAGACCGAGGGGUCUGUCGCGAUGUGAGGAUGACGGCGAUGAUGAUCCGUUCCAAUAAAUGAUGAUGAGGCCAUGAUGGGCCGAUCGUCAUAUAAAGGCGACGGUCACCAUUCAGGAAGGGAUGGUGAGCCCGAUCGCGAGCUCAAGACUCUCGACGCUGAGGAAGCCGGUCUUGAGAUAGAUAAUCACGCUGAGGCUGAUGGACCGGUCGUGAUGUGUGGAUGGCGAUGAGAAGGAGCCAAUCCGAAAUAUGAUGACGGGGCAAUGAUGAGACGGCCGUCAUAUAGAGGUAAUGGUCACCAUCCAGGAAGGGAUGGCGAGCCCGAUCGCUGGCUCAAGACUCUCGACGCUGAGGAAGCCGGUCUUGAGAUAGAUAAUCACGCCGAGGCCAAGGGGCCGGGCAUGAUAUGAGGACGACGGCGAUGAGGAGCCGGUCCUAUAAUCCAUGCAACGGUCGCCAUCCGUUAAAGGAAUGGCUAGGACCGGUCUUGAGAUAGAGCAUCGCGCCAUAGCUGAGGGGCUGGUCAUGAUGUGAGGACGACGGCGAUGAGGAGAAGUCGGUCCGAUAAUAUGAUGACGGGGCGAUGAUGAUCCGGCCGUCAUAGUGGCGAUGGUCACCAUCCAGGAAGGGGUGGCGAUCCCGAUCGCUAGCUCAAGACUCGGAGGUGAGGAAGCCGCUCUUGAGAUAGAUAAUCACACCGAGGCCAAGGGGCCGGGCGUGAUGUGAGGACGACGGCGAUGAGGGGCCGGUCCAAAAAUCCAUGCAACAGUCGUCAUUCGGUAAAGGAAUGACUGACUGGUCUCGAGAUAAAUAAUCACGUCGAGGCCGAGGGGCCGGUCGUGAUAUGAGGACGAAGUUACUGAGGGGUCGGUCCGAAGAUCCAUGCAAAGGUCGCCAUCCGGUAAAGGAAUGACUAAGACCGGUCAAGAGAUAAAUAAUCACAUCGAGGCUGAUAGGCCGGUCGUGAUGUUCGGAUGGCGAUGAGAAGGAGUCAAUCUGAAAUACGAUGACGGGGCGAUGAUGAGCCGGCCGUCAUAUAGAGGCGAUGGUCACCAUCCAGGAAGGGAUGGUGAGCCCGAUCGCUGGCUCAAGACUCUCGGCGCUGAGGAAGCCGGUCUUGAGAUAGGUAAUCACGCUGAGGCCGAGGGGUCGGUCAUGAUGCCCGGAUGGAGAUGAGAAGGAGCUAAUCCGAAAUAUGAUGAUGGGGCGAUGAUGAGCCGGUCGUCAUAUAGAGGCGAUGGUCACCAUCCGCGAAGGGAUGGCGAGCCCGAUCGCUGGCUCAAUACUCUCGGCGCUGAGGAAGCCGGUCUUGAGAUAGAUAAUCACGCUGAGGCCGAGGGGCCGGUCGUGAUAUCCGGAUGGCGAUGCUGAGAAGCCGAUCCGAUAAUAUGAUGACGGGGCGAUGAUGAGUCGGCCAUCAUAUAGAGGCGAUGGUCACCAUCCAAGAAGGGAUGGUGAGCCCGAUCGCUGGCUCAAGACUCUCGUCGCUGAGGAAGCCGGUCUUGAGAUAGGUAAUCACGCUGAGGUUGAGGGGCCGGUCGUGAUGCCCGGAUGGAGAUGAGAAGGAGCCAAUCCGAAAUAUGAUGAUGGGGCGAUUAUGAGCCGGUCUUCAUAUAGAGGCGAUGGUCACCAUCCGGGAAGGGAUGGCGAGCCCAAUCGCUGGCUCAAGACUCUCGGCGCUGAGGAAGCCGGUCUUGAGAUAGAUAAUCACGCCGAGGCCGAGGGGCCGGUCGUGAUGUCCGGAUGGCGAUGCUGAGAAGCCGAUCCGAUAAUAUGAUGACGUGGCGAUGAUGAGUCGGCCGUUAUAUAGAGACGAUGGUCACCAUCCAGGAAGGGAUGGUGAGCCCAAUCGCUAGCUCAAGACUCUCGGCGCUGAGGAAGCCGGUCUUGAGAUAGAUAAUCACGCCGAGGCCGAGGGGCCGGUCGUGAUGUCCGGAUGGCGAUGCUGAGAAGCCGAUCCGAUAAUAUGAUGACAGGGCGAUAAUGAGCCGGCCGUCAUAUAGAGGCGAUGGUCACCAGGAAGGGAUGGCGAGCCCGAUCGGCCUGUGGUGAUGUGACGAAGGGCAAGGCGUUGACGUCAGACUGAACAUGAAGGACGGCGGAGCCGGUCUGAAGAUGAGGGACGACGAUGGGCGCUCGUCUGAAGAUGAGGGACGGCGCUGGGCGCUCGUUUGAAGAUGAGGGACGGCGCUGGGCGCUCGUCUGAAGAUGAGGGACGGCGCUAUGCGCUCGUCUGAAGAUGAGGGACGGCGUUGGGCGCUCGUCUGAGGGACGGGGCUGGGCGCUCGUCUGAGAUGAGGGAUGGGCUGGGCGCUCGUCUGAGAUGAGGGACGGCGCUGGGCGCUCGUCUGAGAUGAGGGGCGGCGUUGGGCGCUCGUCUGAGAUGAGGGACGGUGCAGGGCGCUCGUCCAAAGAUGAGGGACGGCGUUGGGCGCUCUUCUGAGAUGAGGGACGGCGAUGGGCGCUCGUCUGAGAUGAGGGAUGGCGUUGGGCGCUCGUCUUAGAUGAGGGACGGCGCUGCGCGCUCGUCUGAGAAUGAGGGACGGCGAUGGGCGCUCGUCUGAGAUGAGGGACGGCGUUGGGCGCUCGUCUGAUAUGCACUUAGACAAAUACGUGGCUUGAUUUGUGGGGAUUUUAUUUUUUAUCACUCGAGGCCGACGAGUGUGCGGUCCUCGGCUUCCCUCUUUUGAUUUGUGGGGAUUUCCAGAAGACAUAGAAAGCUUGGUUGACCAAAAGGGCCUGUUUAAAAUACAACUGAAGACAAAAAGUGAGGAGAAUACUUACAAGAAAACAAAGUCAUUUACUGUGGUGACCAUGAUAAGAGACCCUAAGGUUCUGGCAUUGUAUGAAGCGGAUAAGGAACAACAAUCAGUUCAUGACCCUCCAACUGAGAAGAUUGGGUCAAGUCUCCACAAUGGUGAAAGUUCUACAGCGAGGAAAAAAGGGAAAGAUGUCCAAAAACAAGAGGUUGUCGAGGCAAUUGACCUCCCAGACUCACCCCCACCGGGUACGCAGAAGGUGGUGGAGGUGGAAAUGGAUGGACAACUCAAAAGGAAUCUGAUAGAUGAAUUCUCUACAAGUGGUGCUGUGAAGAAGCUGAAGAUAAAAAUUAAAGAAGAACCACUCUGAAGAACAAGGGCCAGUCUGUUGGUCGGGACUUAUAUUUUGUACUGAGGCAUCCUUGGACUUAUAUUUUGUUUUGUGGUGUUGGGUUGUAACCUAAAACACUAUCUUGGGCAUUAUUGUGUCUUACUUUCGGC